AAGAUGAGUUCAGUAAUUUGUUUUCGUAAAUAGUGAAAAAUCGAAAGGGAUUAAUCUCAUUCCAUAUAUACGCACAUGAGAGGAACUUCCUAUAUGUGUAGUCAACACUCCGACACCCAAGUGAGUGUGUCGAGCUUUGGUGGGAGAAAUGAGAGAAGAAAGAACGAGCUCCCGUUGAGGAAGGUCGGGUGUGUGUUAAGCGUAGAAUGAAGGCCUACUUGGGGAAGACUAUUAGGUCUCGUGUGGGCUUCACUCGGCUCGUUUUGGGCCUUUUGUGUGGAUUGGCCUCUAUCAAGCUUCAUUGGCCCCUUGAUUUUUGGGGUUCAGUUGAGGUGAGACCCAAUCGGGAUUGCAGCUGUUCCGCGGGUUGUAGCAACAUCUCGCCGGUGUCAUGGUUGAAGGCAAGAAUUUUAUUAUGAAUCAUCCAAGCAUAAGGUAAAUGAAUUGUUUCCUUAACCCACUUGUCAUUAUUGCACUCCUCCAGUAUCCACCACUGCAACUUAUCGUACUCCACCGCCUCAUUCCGCCGCCAUCUGAAGUUUUCUAUCAAGGCCAAACGUCCACCAGUUCAGUUAGCUUUUCGGGGAAGGAAAGCUCAGGAUGAGGGAUUAUUUUAAAUUGCUCUUCUACCAUAUCAAAACCAAAUAUAUAUUUAUCAGGGUCAUCCAUCCAAUGAUCCAAUAAAUUGAGCCAUUAGCAAAAACAUUCUCUGCAUAUUCCGAAAAUCUAAAUGUCCGGUGACGUGGCAGAGGAUGUAUCCGUCUCCACGAUCCGCUGCCCAGCGUGAAAAUCCAGAAAUUCGAUUUUGAGAUGUCCAUGGUUUGAACAAGGAGGACCUUGUGCUCGUUGGACAAAGGAUCAAACCCAAAGUAGUAUUUCUUUUGGUGAAAAGGUUCACCGGCAAAAGCGAGCGGAGGAUCGGGAACCGUGGAGAGCUCUCCGGUAUCGACACAAUAGAUGUGUAAUUUACCGUCCACGCUGCGAAGGUGGAGCAAGCCGUUGCGGGGCUGGAAAUUGUGCACAAGGCUUUCGAAAGGGAUUGGGGGGAGCUUAGUGGCAGGACCUAGGGCGCCGCUCUUUUGGAUUUCUGCGGAGUAAAGUAAUGCUCCUCAACUACACGAUUCUUUAUUCUCUUGGCGAAAAACAGGACUCGGCGGCCGACGCGGGACUGAGCGGCGAAGUGACGACGGUGGCGUAUGAGGGUGUUGAAGGAUUGGGAAACCCUUCUCAUACCAAAAAAGGGAGACAUGCAACCAGACUUCCAGGCGCCGUGGAGGCGAUGGAAGGGCUUCUAGUUCUGGGGAUUGGGUAUAUAAUCGUCAAUUUUUUUUUUUUUUGAAUAUUUCUUCUGGGCGACCUUUUCUAACACCCAAGCCCAUUAGAAGCCCAUUACCGACAGGAGGAGUGUAAAACAAAAAAGGAACGAAAAAGGAAGAGUUGGGAGAGAGACACAGAGAGCGCCAAGAGGCAGAGUAUUGAAGUACAAAGGAGCCACCGAGCCAUUCUACAAAUCUCCGGCGCUUCUUGGCUCAGUUGAGUCAUCGAUUGACGAGUUUGACUAAAAGAUCGCAUUGAAGUGGCUACCGAAAGAUAUCUUGAGAAAGCAAGUCGUUUCAGAACCUAUGGCGCUGCUAAGAAUCAUAGGAGCCCAUAAAACUGUUUGCAAAUCAGUUAAACCCAUCAACCCUUAUGCUCUGGUUUCACUUCUCUUCAUCAAGAACAUAUCUCCCACAUCACAUUCUCACAGACCCAUUUGCACCAAAACCCACAGUGAGUCAUCUUCUCCUUCAGAACUCACCAGCGCACUCAUUUCCAUCUUCACCAAGCAACCCUUUUCCCCAGACAAUGCAGAACUCAAGAACCUCGCUCCAAGACUGACCACCCAAGUUGUUGAGAGUGUGCUAAACGGCCUAAAGAGUUGGAAAAUAGCUCACAGGUUCUUUACUUGGGCCUCAAAUCAAUGUGGGUAUAAGCACAACUGUUAUACUUACAAUACCAUGGCCUCGAUCCUAUCCCAUGCUCGACAAAUUGCCCCACUGAGAGCGUUGGCCACGGAUAUUCUAAAUUUCCAUUGUUCCAUGACUCCGGGAGCUUUGGGACAUCUCGUAAGGUGUUUAGGAACUGUGGGAUUGGUCGAAGAAGUUAACAUGUUGUUUGAUCAAGUUAGGAUGAUGGGGCUUUGCGUUCCGAAUAACUAUAGCUAUAAUUGUUUGCUAGAGGCUAUAGCCAAGUCUAAGUCCAUUGAUUUGAUUGAAAUGAGAUUGAAAGAGAUGCGCGAUUAUGGUUGGAAAUUUGAUAAGUACACGUUAACCCCGGUGUUGCAAGUUUAUUGCCAUGCGGGAAAGUUUGAAAAGGCAUUGAGUGUUUUUAAUGAUAUGAAUGAGCAGGGGUGGAUUGAUGCACACGUUUUCUCUAUCUUAGUUUUGGCUUUUAGCAAGUGGGGUGAGGUAGAUAAGGCAUUCGAAUUCAUUGAGAGAAUGGAGGCCCGUAAUAUUAGAUUGAAUCAGAAGACUUUUUGCGUCUUGAUUCAUGGGUUUGUAAGGGAAUCCAGAGUGGAUAAGGCCCUUCAAUUGUUUGAUAAAAUGCGGCAAUCAGGAUUCAAUCCUGAUGUUUCGCUAUAUGAUGUGCUGAUAGGAGGGCUAUGUAAAAAUAAUGAUCUGGAGAAAGCUUUAUGUUUGUAUUCAGAAAUGAAGCAGUUGGGAAUUCAUCCUGAUGUAGGAAUACUUACGAAGCUUAUGACAUUCUUUGAAGAGAGUGAAAUGAUUCGAUUACUUGAGGAAAGCAAAGAAGUUUUGGGCGAGGAAGCUAUAAUUUUGCUUUACAAUUCUGUUUUAAAUGGUCUUGUCAAUAACAGCUCACUCGAUAAAGCCUGUCUCUUGCUCCGGGUGAUGAUGGGAGAUCAACCAGAUUCUGACAUUGAAUCAUAUAAACUCCCAAGGGUUAAGAAAGCUAUUGGUCCUAACACCACUUCUUGUAGAAUUGUUAUUGAUGGUCUAGUCAAGACUGGUAAGUUGGACCUAGCGCUUACCCUUUUCCGUGAUAUGAAUCGAAUUGGUUGUGAACCAGAUAUUAUACUUUAUAACAAUAUAAUUGAUGGUCUGUGCAAUUCAAAUAGAUUGGAAGAGAGUUAUGAGCUUUUUAGACAGAUGAAGAUGUCAGGAUUUGAACCAACCCAAUUUACUCACAAUUCUAUAUUUGGGUGCCUAUGUAGAAGAGGGGAUGUUGUAGCAGCGCUUGAUCUGGUGAGGGAGAUGCGCGCUCAUGGGCAUGAACCAUGGAUAAAACAUUCUAGCUUGCUUGUAAAAGGACUGUGCAAACAUGGGAGAGCAGUAGAAGCUUUGAAAUUUCUUUCUAACAUUGUUCAAGAAGGUUUCCUUCCUGAUAUAGUUACCUAUUCUGCAGCCAUGGACGGUUUAAUCAAGCUUCAAGAAGUCGAUCGAGCUUUGGAGCUAUUCCGGGUCAUUUGUUCUCAUAACUAUUGCCCUGAUGUGGUUGCAUAUAAUAUAUUGAUAGGUGGGCUCUGUAAGGCAAAAAGAGUUCUAGAAGCCGAAGAUAUUCUGAAUGAGAUGGUGGUCAAGGGGCGUGUCCCCUCCGUUGUUACCUACAACCAUCUUAUAGAUGGAUGGUGCAAAAAUGGUGAUGUUGAUCAAGCCAUGCUUUGCCUUUCUAGGAUGCUUGCGGAAGACAGAGAGCCUAGUGUGAUAACUUACACUACUUUAGUGGAUGGGUUAUGUAAUGCUAGAAGACCUGAUGAUGCACUGAUGCUUUGGAAUGAAAUGGGAAGAAAAGGGUGUGCUCCAAACAGAAUUGCUUUCAUGGCCCUCAUUCAUGGUCUUUGCAAGUGUGGUAGGCCCAACACAUCGCUUGCUUAUCUCCGCGAGAUGGAAGAGAAGGAAAUGAAACCUGACACAUUUGUCUAUGUAGCAUUAAUAAGUAGUUUUGUUUCCAAUUGUAACCUACCCUUGGCCUUGGAAAUUUUAAAGGAGAUGGCUGACAAGGGAAACUUUCCAGAACCGCUAGAUAAGAACUGUCUAAUUCUUAGAGAUGCAGUACUUAAGUUGUCAGAAGAUGCAAAGACUUCCUCAGGAGUUAAAAAUCUUAUUGCAGGGGGUAGAAUUCCUCGAAUGUGUUAUUCAGUUGUUUGAUCAGGAGUGAUCAAUAAGAUUCGGAGUGCACAUGGUUACAGAAACAUGUCUUUCUCGGCUUUAAUGAUGGAUUAUUUUUUAGCAUGGAAUGCUAUGUUUUCAUAAUUGACCUAUUUCCUGCGAUUCUCAUCUCUUACAUCACCAACUGAGAGAUGAUCAAUUUCCAAAGAAGGCAGAAGGUGCAGAUACAGAUUGCUGAGCUUUGUUAUUUGAAGACGAGAAACGUGACUAUUAAUGUACUGGCUGAGCAAUUUCUACACCAGUUUGUGUCCAAAUUUUAGGUUGUCUACCCAUCUAUCCAGGGAGGAAUCAUAAACGAAGGCAGACUGCGGAUGACUCAUUUGUAUGCAAUCAUUGAAUUGUAGUUAAAAUUGCAUUAGAACUGUGAGCUAGUC